UUUCGCGACGUCCAUCUUUAAUAUUUGAUGUGUUGUGUUGUUAGGAAAAUUAAUGCAAAAAUAUUAUUGUAACGCCUUACUCGCGGGAUAUUGAUGUACAUUUCAAUUAAUAUUGAAAUUUAAACCUAUGUUCUCAUAUAAAAUCUAAAGUUCAAGUAGAUAUAUUGAUGUUUAUUAAAAGUGUCACAGUUUCAAUAUCGUUUGUUCCACUAAAAAGUUUCACUUGUAAUUUGCUGCUAUUGACCUAAGUGCUAAUUGGCCAACCUUCAAAUGUUUUCCUUACCUUUCCUUUAAGUGAUACAUUAUUAUAAAUAGUGCCGCCAUAACCCAUGAAAUUACUAUUUGUUGACAAAACAGAUGAAUCGUGCAAAUGGAUAGAUUGAACCAGAUAAGAAGCGAGGCGGGAAGCUCGCAAGAUUUAACAUUGGAUACAUCUUCCCCUCUUAGCGAAGCAUUCUUGUCAGCGAAUGAGAGCUCAUCCAAAUAUUUUUCUCUUUCCGAGGUAGAUUCGACGUUCGGUAUUUCUCCAGCCAAAGAUUCAAUAUCAACGGAGGCUGAGCGCACUUUAACUGCUGAUACCAAUUUGAUACCGCAGUUGUCACCGAUUCCGAAAAGAGAGUUGGACAGCUAUAAGAUCGGAAAACAAAUAGAAGCGGCAAAUAUUUUAUCUGGUGGUGUUAAUAUUUUCGAUGACAAUGACAAUUCUUAUGAUGGAGACGAGCUUGUUAUAGACGAUAAUGUUGUUGAGGAAGAGAAAUCUCCGAGUGAGUUAAAACUUGAUGAAAAUGCUGUUCUUGAUGAUAAAGCGGAGGUUUUAGAGAGUUUAGAUGAUGAGGUUAUACCAAGUAAGGAUACAGAAGUGGUGCUACAAAUAGAUGGGAACAAUGUACAUGCUAUAGAUAUUGGGAAUGGAUUAUAUUUGUAUAGGAAAGCGGGAGAGGAAGAUCUGGCUGCUCUUCAAAUGAUUGACGAUGAUCAACAACAGCCUAGCUUUAAGUUUUUAAAAGUGCGUGAAAAUGCUGAAGGGAAUUUAGAAGUGUAUGAAGAAAUUGAAGUAGAAGUAACUAAAGAAGUGCCUAUAAAAGAAGGGGAGAUUCCUACUGAGAAAUCUUCUCAUGUGCCUAUAAAGGAUAUAAGUAAAGUUAUAAAUGAACCAUCGAGUAGUAAAACUGUUGAUAAUACAAUUAAAACACCAAAGAAAGAACUAAGUUUUACUAAUGAUGUAGCCGUUGAACCUAAUGUUGAUGCGUCAGAUCCUAAAGUAGAAGUGAGCUUCAAUGGUAAAAUGAAGUUUAAUGAAUCUCGUAAAUCACCGGUAAUAGGCACCUAUACACCAAUGACAUAUCACUCAACACCCAAUAAAGAGGGUAUACCUUUGACUAAAACAAUGGUAGAUCAGCAAUUGCAUCCGAGUCGACAUACAGACAAUGUUAAGAAAACAAUCGAAGUACACACAGAAAGUCCAAAACAGAAAUUGUUUGAAACACAAAGUAAGACAAAGAAAUCAGUCAAUGAAACACUCUCUCCUAGUGAGGAUAUAAAAGAAUCUGAUUCAUUAAAUAAAAAAAUACACAAUAAAAUUGAGGAUUCAACAAAUAUGCAAUUGUCUCAAACUGAACAAUCAGAGCUGAGUGAGAAAUUGACUGAAAAUGAUCUUCAAUUGUCCAAUAAUAUAAAUGAAAUAAGUGUCAAUGAACCUAGUUCAGUUGAUAUAGAAAAAGAAAUUGUUGAUAAUUCUGAGGUUGCUAUUAUAAAACCAAACAAUGAUAAUGCUGUCUUAGCCAAAGUUACUCCUGACAUUGAAUUGCUAUCAGAUAAUAGUAAAAUAAUGGAACAAUGUGAAACGGAAGAAAAUUCAAUGGACGAAAUGACAGAAACUGAUAAAAAUCAACAUAAAGAUGAUGAUAAACAGACAGACAAUAUUGAUGAAGGCAUCCAACAAGCACAGACUAAUAAAGUAAUAAAGGAAACAGAAUCACCAAAGAAUCUUUGUGAUGAUGAAGGUGAAAGCCACUUGACAAUUGAUGAUACAAAAAUUAUCACAACAAGUGAGCCAAAUGAAGAAGUUCCGGAGAAAGACAAUGCAGAAAUUUCCACCAAUAACAUUGUCCCUAUAGAAGUACUUGCACAAGAAAAUAAUACAGAAGAAUUAGUUACAGCAUCCACUGAGUACCUCAAUGAUGGAAACAAAAUUGUAAUUGAUAAAUCUAGUAACCAGAUCAUAGACGAUAAGGAAUUAAACAAAGAAACAAAUGAUACUGAUUUGGAAUUAAAUAAAGGAAAUGAAACAAAGAAUGAAAUAGUUGAGGAUAUUGAUGUAAACAAAGUAUUGAUACUUACAAAAAAGUCUGAAGAAGUAAUCUCAGAGAAUGUUAACAACCUAAUAGAAAACACUGAAGAAGUCAUUAGCGAUAGUAAUAGCAAACAAGGUUUACACAGUAAUAACACGGAAAAUGUUAAGAAGUCACCAGAAAUUUCAGAAAACUGUAAUAUUCAAAAAGUUGACAAUGAUUCAGAAAAUACUUCAAAUUCUAUAAAGAAAUAUCAAAAUGAGGUCAUUGAGAAUAUCAACAAAAACGAAACUGAUGAAAUGAAAAUUUGUACACAUCAAGAAGAUACAAGUGGUCCUGAAAAUAACUGUAAGAAUGAAACGGCUGUUAAGAAAAUUGUAACUAGUAAAAAUGUUGAAGUUAAUUCUGUCGCUACGGAAAAAAAUAAAAUUAUUUCUGAACCAAAAACUGUCUCGUUAGAAUUACCUAUACGUGAAAAUCCAGUUAACAAUACAACUAGCAACGCUGUGACUGAACAGAAAACAACGGAUAUUGAAAAAUGUCCUGGAGAUAUCAAGCAAGGAGUGAAUGUUAAUGAUGCAAAUAAAAAGCUGGUUGACAAACAAGAUAGCUUAAAAUCUAGUGUCGAACAAGUUGAAAUAAAAUCUAAGCCAGUAGUAGCUAAAGCAAUAAACAAUAAUAGUGCAGUGCCAUUUGGAAAAUGGACUGAGGCUAAUAGGCAAGAAUUUCUAAAUAAAAUCAAAGAAACAAAAAUCCCAACAAAUAAUUCAAACACAAAACAAUUAAAACAACCAAAUGAUUUGAAUAGAAGGGACGUUUUAAAGAAGAUUGAUAGCCAAAGACAGUCUAAUAUUAUUUCACUCAACAAGGGAUUUGAUACAAGCUUGCAGCCAAAAUUAAAUACAAAAGUCGAUUCAGCUGUAUUUGUGAGUAAAAGUGUCAUGGUUCAACAAUCUUCCUCCGUUGAUACCACAGUAACAGCUCCUAAUAUCCAAAAUUCUAAAGUGAAAUCUGCAAUAAGUGUAAAACCCAAGCAAGACGAUAGUAAAAACUCACUAUCCACAGCUACUAAAAACGUAAAAAGAAAAGAAAUAAACAAUCAAGAUUUGAUAGAUAAGACCAUAGAAGAUAUUAUUAAUAGGUCGAUUACCGGCAAAGUAUCUGAAAAUACUCAUGAAAAGCCGACAGUCCUAGAAACACAGAAUACAAAAACAUGUCCGGUUUCUUUAGAUGAAAUCGAAAUGAAGAUGAAUGAUAUACAUGGUGUUGCAAGCACAGAAACAACAAUUUAUCAACAGACCUAUUCUAAUAAGCCGCAUGUAAAAUCGGACACAGUUAAAGCUAAAAAAGCCGAAAAAGUGCCUCACCUGUUGCCAUUUAAAAAUAAGGUCCAUUCAAAAAAUUUGAAAGACAAUGCACGUGAUGAUACGUCUGACGACGAAAUAAUAGAGCACGAGCCGAUAACUGGAGAUCUUGAAAGUAAUAAAAAGGGUUUUACAUUAUUGCCCAUGAAAAAUAAAUCGCCGGAAUCCAAAAAAGAAACUAUAAUAACGGAGAAAGAUUUUGACAAAUUUGCUAGAAGAAAUUCCAUAACCUACGAAAACUGUUUGACAGUGAGCUUCGACGGCAAGGAAUCACAUAACGUCAUCCAAACAGUAGUUGAGAAAGAUCCGCCGGUUAAGAAGUUAUCUCGAAAUGAAUUAAUGCUGGCCGAAUCUAAAGCUAAAUCGACAAACAAACAUCUCAAUAUGCCUAUGCGUUCUAAUACCCAAAAUAGUAGAAUACCUACUUUAGUGAAGGCUGGAAACGAUGACGAUGCCUACAAUAAAAAUAGCCACUCUAAAGUUCAAAUAGCAUAUCAAACAGCAUUAACAGCUAAACGUAAUUUGGAAUGUCCCAUUACAAUUAUCGAAGAUAAGCCUGUUAAAGUUGUUUUUAUGGACUCGAAUUCCGAAUUCACUCCGUCACAGCUUAACGUCCAAGGACAAGAAUUGUCACCACCUAAAGCUGAUUCGGAAAUAUCAAUUCACAGCACUUCAGAAUCGUUGGAUUCAGAUGUGCUGGAUUCAUGUAAAAAUCAAGAUGAAAUUAAAAUAAAGAGUAAACAUCAAAGGAAACAGGUGUUGACACCGGUAGAGGAACCGGAAAUUGAAUUGAUUGAACCAGUAGAUUUAGGUAUUCGUGUCUCCCUAAAGAAAAAACGGAGAUGUGAAGAAAAAGUUGAGAAGCAUUCUAAGAAUGUCGUGCCAAAGAAGUCAUAUUUACUCAAUCGUAAUGUCAACGAUGAAAAGCUUUCAAAUAAAACCCACGACUUUACAAAAAAAUGUGAUAAAGUCGAAAAAGAGACUGAAAAAAGAAGUGAUCAAUUCAUAGGACAUACAGAUACAAUUUCAGCAAUUGAUAAUUUGGUUAAAGCAGCGGAGCUGAUUGAGACUCAGUCGGAAAAUAAAAGUAGCGAUGUUGUACAAACUCCUGAGCAACCAUCGAACACACCAGUAAAGAGGGGACGUGGGCGUCCAAGAAAAUACCCACUAGUAGAAUCGGGAACUGACACGAAUAAGACACCGACUCCACAAAAGAAACCGAGACUGAUUGAUGCUAAAGUUACUAAAAAGGAUAGUACGGACUCAGAUGACAGUAGCGAUGAUGUUAUUAUAAAGGAAAAUUGGACGAUGGGCAAAAUAAACGAAAAUAUAGUGUGUCCGAUUUGCAACAAGCUAUUCAGAUCAGAGAACGUUGUGUUUAAACACGUGAAACACUGUCCAGGACCAUCACCUAACAGAUCUGAUUCAGAUAAAAGAAGCCCAGUAAGGCUUAGACGUUCACAAGAUUCUGAUAGAGAUUCAAGUAUAUCAAACUUUAGUGAUAGCGACGAGGAAAUCAUACCUCGCAGUCGCAGGUCAAGAUACGCCUCCUCCAAAUUGGCUAAUGACAAUGAUGUUAUAGUAAUUGAAGAUACACCGAUAAAAGAAAAACCAGAACAUGAAGACAAAGAAACAAAUCAGAUGUCCAAAAAGUGUAACAUUAAAAUGAAACCGCAGCUAUGUAAGACUCAUAAUCUUAUUUGCGAAUUUUGUGGAAAGACAUUUAGACAACUGUCUUACUUGGUUAACCAUAAAAUGCAACAUCACAAAAAAGACAACGAUAAAAACUCAGAUACUGAGCCUGCAAAUAAAACCGUCUUUAGUUGCGAGGUUUGUAAAAAAGAUUUCCGGAAAUUGCAUCAUUUAGUGAAGCACAGAUUGAUACACAACAGUAACGCUAAUAAUGUUAGAAUAACAAGAAAAAGUUCAUCCGAUCAACAUCCGAGCAACCAACAACCUUUGAAACAUCGAGACGACAAGAAAUCCAGCAACGACGCGAGCGCAGGCUUCAGAUGUGAACCAUGCGAUAAAUCCUUUAGGAAACUACAUCAUCUCGUAGAACACAGAGACACCCAUGACGGUAUCAAUAAGAAAUCUUCAGCCACAUCAAUAUCAAGCGGCUCUAAUGUUAAUGAAUCGGUUAAUCUCACCGCGACGUAUAACUGUGACACUUGCAAAAAAGUCUACAAAAAAUUGCAAGAUUUAUUAGAACACAAAGAAAUGCAUUUCGAAACGAGUUCCGAAAAGUCUGAUGACAAAAGCGUUAAAAGUUCUCUUUCCACUAAAGAUAUUAUUCAUGAAUGUUCACUAUGUUAUAUGGUUUUCCCCAACGAACACUCAUUGAACAAACAUACUAUUAUAUGUUUGAGGAAGAAAAAGCAAAGUGCAGCUAAAGCUGCGAAGCAAGCUUUGGAAAAAGGAACGUUGGAAGGGGACAAUAUUGUGAUUAGUGAAAACGAAGACGACGAAUCUCCCAAAAAUACGCAGGAAAUUAAUGACAUUCAAAUAUCUAAAACUGAAGUCGAAGAAACAGUUAUACCUGAUCAAGAAGUUAAAAUAACAGACGCUCUUAAAGCGUCACCUGAAAAUAAAGUGGAAGGACAUAUUAUAAAACGAAAACUUUCCUUACAUGCUGAUGUUUCGGAUUUGCAGUCCAAAACAGAUAACAAGGCAGUUGUUAUUAAACAAGAAGAAGCAUUAACACAACCUGUUGAAGAUUUCGUGAAACCACCGAAAGUAAAGAAAACGGAAAUUGAAGAAUGUAUUGUCAUUCCGGAUACACCUACCCCCAAAAAGAAGAUUUUGGUGAAAGAUAAAGAAAAGCUCGUUCCAACGAUCAAAAAGAAUAAAACGGUUUCCUAUCCCACAUUACCAGUUGCCAAAGAAACGAAAGCUGCGGAAUCUAGUGACGAUGAUGAUAUCCGAUAUAUGCUCAAUCCGAACUUUAAAGCUGAGGAAACUGCCGAGGGAAAAGUAUUCAUGAAAGUCAGGGCCAAGAAAAGGAACUCGUUACAAAUUGAGAGGCCGAAUUCUAAAGAUUUAGUUAAAAGGAGAAUAUCAUUGCAACACCCACCUAAAAUACCACGGCUGAAGGCGAGAGCUGUAGAAACUAAACCCGUUGUUGACUCCAAAAGUGAAAAACCUGUUAAAUUGUCUGUGAAACAAACGGUAUCCUCUACGGAUUCUGACGACAGCGAUGUCAAAUAUUCUUUCCCCGAUCCAGACACAACAGAAGCAAACAAAGAUAAAAAGAAAAAGCAAACUGUAGCUACAAAGAGGAAGUCAGGUAACGCUGUCGCCAAAAGGAAGUCUCUAGGCAAACACAAACUGGCUACUCCCAAAACAAGAAAACGUACAUCUGAAGUCGAGCACCGAUGUGAUUGUGGUCAAUUGUUCAGUAGCGCGGCCUUACUAUCGCGACAUACGACCCUCGCACACACGCCGCCUCGGAUACGCCGACGACGAUCGCCGCCUCCGGAAAUUACCAAAAAGACCCCGAAAGCCAAACCCAAACAGGCGAAAAGAAAGAGUGACGUCACCAACCCCAAUACCGUCACGAAAGGCGUCGGCACAAGAAAAUCUAGUGUUAAUAAUAGUGAUGCAAAAGUUACUAGUGACGCUACCAAGAAGUACGAGUUCAGUGGAAAAUCGCUUAGAAGCUCAGCUAUAAGAGUGCCUGUAUUUGAUAAGAUGAAAAAAGUUAUCGAUAAAACGAAAAAGUAAGUCUAAAUAAGUAAGUACAUUUCGGUUAACAUUUUUGAUGUAAUAUUACGAGGGGGUCGCUAGUAUGUAGAUGAAAUCCAACAUCACAAGCGCUCACAAACGAAGUAACAGACGGACCACUGUAUAAUAUAAUAUAUUUUUCCUAUUUCGGCAAUUUUAAUACAUGAAAUGGCAUAUUUUUCGUGACUCGGUGGAUUUGGUCCCGUCUAUAUGUAAUAUGUAAAUUUGCAAAACCUUAAGAAAAAAAAUAUAUUAUAUAGGUAUAUAUUUUGUCAAUUUGUUCUAGAUUUAGAUAUAAUGUAACAGAGUAAUUAUUUAUAUAUGUAUUAGUUUUAAGUAUAAUUAUUUUUUUUUGUUACUUUUUUAAUGUACCAUUAACAGUUGAACUGUUAAUGUUUGUGCUAGAAAUUGCAACAAGACAUGUAUAUGUGAAAAUGACAUUGCAUUGAUGUCACUUAACAUCAAGACGUAGAAGUAACUAUGCGUAUGUCCUACCAUUACUUGUAAUUGUUAAAAAUAUCUCAACCUAACUAACUUCCUAACUUUCUUAUUUCAAUAACAAUCUGAAUUAAAAAUAUAUCUUGUCUGUCUUGUCGUUUAAUGUUGUAUCAGAAACAAUGUUUCAUAGCACAAUGUAUUGGCCUCAUCGCUGGCUCCCCGGGAAGCAGUAAAGAUAAAUAUUACUGAAACCUAAUAAACUAUCAACUUAUGGAACAACAAACUAAUGGUACUUCGUGAAUAUCUCCAUACCAAAUGUCCAUGUGAAAUGUAAUAUAAUUUGCUUAACGAUAAAGCGGUUAUAUAAAGAUUUUUUACAUAUUAAAUUGAAAUACCCUUAGUGUUUAUUAUAUCCAAAAUCUUUAUCAUUAUAUAUUUGUAUAUGUACGUUAUAUGUACAAGGAACAUGUGGAAAUAUAUGAGAAUCAAUUGGCAUGUAUGCAACUGAUAAAACAACUUUAUAUAAUUGUCAGGGUAUUUAUUAGCACAUAACAUAGACAUAUCCGAAGUUUGUGUUUUUCUUAUUAUUAAAGGAGAAAAAAAAACAAAUGUGAUGAAUUAUAAUGAUAAAUUGAGGAUAUAUGAGCUUAUAGACAAUGUUUGUUAAUUCUUGGAGAAUUGUAGAUUUCGGUAUAGCUGAUACGAAGAGCUUCCCCAAUGAAUGAUUUCCCAACCGCUUUGUAGAUGUCCCAUUGUAAUGGUUGUAGGUUUAUCCUUUUUUUUUUUUUCAAAUAAA